ACCUGGCCAGGCGGGCGGAGUUUACUAUUGUGCAUAUCAGAAAACAGGACCGCUCACUUGCACUCUCCAGCUGAGCAAAUCAAGCACGCCCCCUGACAUGUAGGACUGUGACGUAGAACACCGCACACUGAUCGCUAGUUUCGGACGGUGCUGUUAUUGUUCGGUUUGAAUAGUUUGCCCCGGCGGUCGGUGCGUUUGUUUUUUUUAUUUUUGGGGGGCUAGUAAGCAACCAUUAGCUGGCUAAUUCCACCUCAAACACCACCUCCCGCAUGCCUGGACCGACGUUCAUUUCAACGGAGCAGUGCUUUUCAUGUAGUGGCACAAGUUAAGGUCCCAUAUAAGCCGAUGGAUGCGCGGGUGUCGGAGUUAUUUGACUCAGGAAAUGGAUCUCACGGCGGUGCGUCCAACGUCAAGCAAGGAAACGACUACGCGGUGGCACACAAAAAAGCUUGUGUCAAGAACAAAAAGAUAUCCAAGGCUCGACUCUCACGCAACUUCAAACCAAACAAUAACGCCCCGUAUCUACCUCCGGAGGCCGAAGAGGGAAACAUAGAGUACAAGCUGAAGCUGGUGAACCCCACGCAGUACCGCUUGGAGCACCUGGCCACACAAAUGAAAUGGCGGCUGCAGGAGGGUCGAGGGGAAGCCGUCUACCAAAUCGGCGUUGAGGAUAACGGAAUGCUGGCGGGGCUUUCAGAGGAGGAUUUGAGGACAUCACUGACGACGCUGCAUAAGCUGGCAGAGAAGGUUGGCGCCGACAUCACUAUUCUGCGAGAGCAAGAGGUGGACUAUGACUCUGAUGUGCCUCGAAAGAUUGCUGAAGUACUCAUUCGCAAAGUACCAGAUGAUCAGCAGUUCUUGGACUUGCGAGUGGCUGUACUGGGUAAUGUGGACUCGGGCAAGUCCACUCUGUUGGGGGUUUUGACGCAGGGCGAGCUGGACAAUGGACGAGGGAGAACGAGGCUAAACCUCUUCAGACAUCUACAUGAGAUCCAGACUGGACGCACAUCAAGCAUUAGCUUUGAGAUCCUUGGCUUUAAUAGUAAAGGAGAGGUUGUGAAUUACAGCGAGUCUCGGACAGCAGAGGAGAUUUGUGAAAGUGCCUCUAAAAUGAUCACAUUCAUUGAUCUGGCCGGUCACCACAAGUACCUUAAGACCACCAUCUUCGGCCUCACCAGCUACUGCCCGGAUUUCGCUAUGCUGGUCGUCAGCGCAAAUACUGGCAUUGCUGGAACGACGCGGGAGCAUCUCGGACUCGCCAUGGCCCUGAAGGUGCCCAUCUUCAUCGUCAUCAGCAAGGUGGACCUCUGCACGCGCGCCACAGUGGAGCGCACCGUGCGGCAGCUGGAGCGCGUCCUGAAGCAGCCGGGCUGCAACAAGGUGCCCAUGGUGGUCGGCAGCACGGACGACGCCGUCACAGCAGCGCAGCAGUUUGCCCAGUCACCAAGCAUCACGCCCAUCUUCACCUUGUCCAGCGUCUCCGGCGAGAGUCUUGACUUGCUCAAGGUCUUCUUCAACAUCAUCCCUCCGCUCAGCAACAGCAAAGAGCAAGAGGAGCUUAUGCAACAGCUAACUGAGUUUCAGGUGGACGAGAUCUACACGGUGCCAGAGGUGGGGACCGUGGUGGGAGGCACUCUGUACAGCGGCAUUUGCCGUGAAGGGGAUCAUCUUGUUGUAGGGCCAACCGACUCCGGCCAUUUCAACAUUUUGACCAUCGGGAGCAUCCAAAGGAACCGCUCGGGGUGCCGGGUGCUCCGGGCCGGCCAGGCCGCCACCCUCGCCCUGGGAAGCUUUGAUCGCUCUCUACUACGCAAGGGCAUGGUGAUGGUGAGUCCAGAGAUGGAUCCCACCAUCUGCUGGAUGUUUGAGGCUGAGAUUGUGCUGCUCUUCCAUGCGAAGACCUUCCACAAGGGCUUCCAGGUUACUGUGCACAUUGGCAACGUGAGACAGACCGCCACAGUGGAAGCCGUAUACGGCAAGGAGGAGCUGAGGACGGGGGAGAAAGCAGUGGUUCUCUUCAAGUUCAUCAAGCACCCAGAAUACCUGAAGGUGGGAGCCAAGGUGCUCUUCAGAGAGGGCGUGACCAAAGGUAUCGGCCACGUCACCAAGUUGCAGCCCAAGGCCCACUACCAGCUAUCCCAAAGCGAGGAUGACGAGGCCUAAAGUUUCUUGGAGAAAGCCAGAAAACGCCGUCCCGUCCCCAAAAACCAGGUGCUUUAUGAACCUCCCGCUUCCUCGGAAGGCGCCUCUGUCCUGCUCCCUGCACAGUAAAGUCCUGUCACAGAAGAACGUUGUUGAAGCGACCUUUUCUCCAGCCUUGUUGUCACCAUCCUCCUCAGUCUCCCCUCCAGCCACCUCUGUAACACCUUCUCCCAGCAACAUCUGCCCAAGUGAUAUUGAGUGUCAAGAACACACGCUGGCUACUGACUACGCGGCUACGUUGAAGUGCUGAUCCCUGUUCACACCUAAACGCACGCACACACAGUCGCACUGAAGCACAACAACAACAACAUGCCAGCGUCGAUAUACCUUCGGCAGACAAUCGUUUACAAUCAGGUGCGAGCGCGCGGUCCUCGGACAUCAAGGCGUACCGCCACCGACCAGCGUUGUGCCCAAACUGGGAAGCGUAAGCCUCGCCGUGUUUUAACGCGCCGCCCUCGUCUAAGUAAUGAAGUGAGGUGAUGGUAAAUCUCAGUUCCUCAGCUCGUCGGCCGAGCACAAGCUGAACCUCCUCGUCUCGAGUCAUUUUAAAGCUCACCGGCGCACUCGCCGAACGAGGAGAGUAGUCGAACUAGACCCAGUUUGUACGUCGGCCUGCCAGGGUAACUCAAGAUUGGCGAUAACCGGCGAAGUGGUUCCCUUGUGCCACCAAUGCCCGUCAGAAUAAUGUUUUUUAAAUUGUUUUUAUUCACAAAUAAUGCCUCCCGAGUGCAGUGGGAUGGUACUGAUCUCGCCACCAGUGUCUUCAAGUGCUUUAGUUCCUCAGGUCAGUCUAGAUAGCGUGACAGACGGCAUUCCCCUCUCACACGGCGCUUUCUGUUGCUUACGUAUGGGGGGGGGGGUCGGCGGGGAGGCAACGGGGUACCUCCCUAAGAAAUGUUAGAACCCAGAUUAUAUAGUACGCAAAGCUGCUUUUUUUCUAAAGGAAAUUAUGUUUGUCGUCUCUUUGUUCCAGUUACUGAUGUCACUAAGUCUGAGGGGGUUUUACUCAGUGCCUAAGCUACUGUUUGAGUACCAUCACGCCCCCGAGAUGUACGACUCAGUACAGAAACGGUGCUGGUGCUACUCCUCAAAAACAGCUUUUGAUAUUUACAGGACAACGAAUGUUAAUUACUUCUGUGUUCAUGUCUUCUUAUAGCCGGUUGUUCCACUAACAGCAAUGAGUGUGAGCCACGUUUUGUUGCGCCGGUGUUGUUGCGGUUAUGCACAUUUUCUGUGCAUCUAAGAGGAAAAAAAGAACACAUUUCAACCAAAAUGUAUAUAGCGUUUCUAAAAAGUAUCAGGUUUGUUCCUUUGCAGCUGAGAAGUAUUUUAUAGAUUUUUUUGUAGUUCCAGAUUUUAUGAUGUAAUAAACGCUUUCAUGUUCUUCUUAAUGACAAACACGCUUUCACAUUUUUGAAAUCCCAUUUAAUACUGUUUCUGUUAAAAUGUGUAUUUUUUGUAUCUUUUAUGGGUGAACUGCAAUCCUUAUGUACAGAUCUAAUUUGUGUAUCAUGUUGUACAUGAAUUAAAGUUUUAUUGUCUCAUUA